CGCACACUGUCGCAAGGCAUCAAUGUUGUGACGGGUCAAAGAGAUCUAGCUAGGUACCUAAUCGUCGCCUUGAUCGUGUUGAAUUUAAAAGUAAAAGGUAGCUAGCUGUGCUUGCUAUUGAUCUCCGUUUGACAACUGCUACCGGUCCAACAUACAUCGGCUUGCAGUGAAAAGGAACCUCGAUCGUGUUCUGACUGCGCGUGUCACGAAACAAGUCAAGACUGUGAUUGUAGUGUCCAUCAAAGUGGACACCAUUUUAUCAAGGAUAGCUAGCUAGCUAGUCUAUUCCAAAUCGGCUAAAAACACUGGCCUUCGCGUUGUGAAUGGGUUUGCGAUAGCAAACUACUGCUACAGAGAGGGGAGCACGUCAUCCAGUAAAAUGGAAACGGCAGAUGAAGCAGAUAUAUGUCGUGUGUGUCGUUCGGAGGGGACCCCAGACAAGCCCCUGUACCACCCCUGUGUAUGCACCGGCAGUAUCAAGUUCAUUCAUCAGGAAUGUUUGGUCCAGUGGCUGAAGCACAGCAGAAAGGAGUACUGUGAAUUAUGCAAACACAGAUUUGCUUUCACACCAAUUUAUUCCCCGGACAUGCCCCCCCGCCUGCCCAUCCAGGACAUCUGUGCUGGCCUGCUGACCAGUGUGGGCACGGCCAUACGAUACUGGUUUCACUACACACUGGUGGCCUUCGCAUGGCUGGGGGUGGUCCCCCUCACUGCAUGUCGAAUCUACAAGUGUCUGUUUACCGGCUCCGUGAGCUCGCUCCUGACGCUGCCAUUGGACAUGCUUUCCACAGAGAACCUGCUGGCGGACUGUCUACAGGGCUGUUUCGUGGUGACGUGUUCGCUGUGUGCUUUCAUCAGCCUGGUGUGGUUAAGAGAGCAGAUUGUCCAUGGUGGUCCCCCACUGUGGCUGGAGCACCACCAGCAGCCCCAGCCCAACGCAGCCGGACAACAGCCCAACGAGGCUGCAGGUGCAGGUCAGGGAGCAGAUGAUGACCCCCCUGCAGCCCCCCCUGCCCCCGCCGCCCCUCCAGCUCACAACGAGGCAGAACCAGAGCCCCCAGACGGCCUCCCAGAACAGGGGGAGGAGCCAGAACUAGACAAUGAGGAAGAGGGGGCGGCGGCUGAAGAUGCGGACGCCAACAAUGGAGCUCAAGAUGAUAUGAACUGGAAUGCUCUAGAAUGGGACAGAGCAGCAGAGGAGCUCACCUGGGAGAGGAUGCUUGGACUGGAUGGCUCCUUGGUGUUCUUAGAGCAUGUGUUCUGGGUUGUGUCUCUGAACACUCUCUUCAUCCUGGUGUUCGCGUUCUGUCCAUACCACAUUGGUCACUUCUCUGUCGUGGGACUUGGCUUUGAGGAAUAUGUUCAAGCUUCCCAUUUCGAGGGCCUGAUCACGACCAUCGUGGGGUACAUCCUGCUGGCCAUGACGCUCAUCCUCUGUCACGGGUUUGCGGCUCUGGUCAGGUUCCAGAGGUCCCGCCGUCUACUAGGGGUCUGCUAUAUUGUUGUCAAGGUCUCUUUGCUGGUCGUCGUGGAGAUAGGAGUUUUCCCCCUCAUCUGUGGCUGGUGGCUCGACAUCUGCUCUUUAGAGAUGUUUGAUGCGUCUCUAAAGGACAGAGAGCUGAGUUUUAAAUCUGCUCCAGGCACCACCAUGUUCCUCCACUGGCUGGUGGGAAUGGUCUACGUCUUCUACUUCGCAUCCUUCAUCCUCCUACUGAGAGAGGUGCUGAGGCCUGGGGUCCUGUGGUUUCUGAGAAACCUGAACGAUCCAGACUUCAACCCAGUCCAGGAGAUGAUCCACCUACCUAUCUACAGACACAUCCGCAGGUUCAUCCUGUCUGUGGUGGUGUUUGGUUCUAUCGUCCUCCUGAUGCUGUGGCUGCCCAUCAGGAUGAUAAAGGUCUUCCUCCCUGCCUUCCUCCCCUACAACGUCCUCCUCUACAGUGAUGCCCCAGUCAGUGAACUCUCUCUAGAGCUGUUGCUGCUGCAGGUGGUUCUGCCAGCUCUCCUAGAGCAGGGUCACACACGGCAGUGGCUCAAAGGUCUGGUCAGGACCUGGACUGUUAGUGCUGGAUACCUACUAGACCUCCACUCUUACCUGCUGGGUGAACAGGAAGACAAUGAGGCCAACCAGCCUGUCAACAACAACAACAACCCUGCUCCCGGUCACCAUAACAACAACCCCGCCCAUGUUGUGGGGGAAGGGCUUCAUGCAGCCCAUCAGGCCAUAUUACAGCAGGGUGGACCUAUAGGCUUCCAACCCUACCAACGUCCUCUACGCUUCCCCUUUAGGAUCGUCUUGCUGAUAGGCUUUAUGUGUGUCACUCUGCUGGUGGCCAGCCUGGUGUGUCUGACGUUACCAGUUUUUGCGGGCCGUUGGCUGAUGUCGUUCUGGACGGGUAGCUCUAAGAUCCAUGAGCUGUAUACAGCAGCGUGUGGUCUGUACGUGUGCUGGCUGUCCAUCCGCGGUGCCACCGUGCUGUUGGCCUGGAUGCCCCAGGGACGCACCAUCAUCAUGAUCAAAGUCCAGGAGUGGACUCUCAUGAUUCUGAAGACCCUGGUAGUAGCAUUGCUGGUGGCAGGUGUUAUUCCUCUACUGCUGGGCCUGCUGUUUGAGCUGGUCAUUGUUGCUCCGCUACGCGUUCCUCUGGACCAGACACCUCUCUUCUACCCCUGGCAGGACUGGGCUCUGGGGGUGCUCCAUGCCAAAAUCAUCGCUGCCAUCACCCUCAUGGGUCCCCAGUGGUGGCUAAAGUCUGUCAUAGAACAGGUGUAUGCUAACGGCAUCAGGAACAUCGACCUCCAUUUCAUCAUCCGUAAGCUGGCUGCCCCUGUCAUCUCAGUGCUGCUGCUGUCCCUGUCUGUCCCCUACGUCAUAGCAGCCGGGGUCGUACCUACCGUAGGUGUGACUCCAGAGAUGCAGAUUCUGAUACAGAGGAGGAUCUAUCCGUUCCUCCUGAUGGUGGUGUCCAUCAUCGGCAUCCUCUCCUUCCAGAUACGACAGUUCAAACGCCUUUACGAACACAUCAAGAACGACAAGUACCUGGUUGGCCAGCGGCUUGUCAACUAUGAACGCAAGGCGAGGGGAGCCAGCUCUGUCCCGCCCCCUAACCCUAUCCCAGAGUAGUCAUGUUUGUGUGAGGUCAAGGCUUUUGGAAAUGACCCUUCUCGUGUUCUCCCUCCCUCUCUCGUUCUCUGUGGUGUUCAUGCCUUGCUUUGGUUAAGUGCAACCUGAGAACUGUACAUGUGUAAAUACUUUGGACGCACUCUGUUGUCUGAAAUGUAAAAGACUUGAAUUAAUGCAGUGACCAUUGUACAUCUUAGUGUAUUUAUGAAAUCAAACUGACAAUUUGCCUCCUGUUUGUGUCCUGUUGAUUGUCAUGUUAUAAAAUUGUACAUUAAAAAAAAGUUUUUACAUAAUGGA